AUGUCUGAAUCUUCAGUUGUAUCUUCGGCCUUCAGUAGGGUAGUGCGCACGCGCUCAGCUUCUCUUCUACCUCGUCUUCCUCUCCACUUGGUGGAGGUUUAUAUGUUGACCACAGCGGCUUUCUCAAGUCUUCUCAUCGUGCGGAUCCAUGCGCGUGCUAAAAAAGUCUUGGAUGAUCUCGAGAUCGAAUUCUCCAAUGUCAUUCUGAAGGGCCGCACGUCAAAGGUUGACCCUGAACCUAUGCCAGUUCCAACCCUGCUUGUCCUCAUGCCAGAUCUCCCGCAACCUGAUCUUUGGUAUCAGGCUGCCAAGCAGAUCUACCACGGUUUGGAGCCCCUCCUACCUGGAACCUCUGUUGAGAUUAUCGAAGAGAAGUUUUACGACGGACUGUAUUGUUUCCCCGUUGAACAGACCCACUCCAUUCAUUCCAAAUGGAGGUCAAUUGUCGAUACUAUUCUGGCGAAUCUGAAUAUCCAGGAGUGGACUGGUAUUGAAUGUUGGCGGUAUGGCACCAAUACCGACAGGCAUCUGAACCCUGUGACUAUAAUAGUGGAGGUUGACAAGACAUCCACCGGGUCUUUUGAUACCGCAGGCCAGAUCAUUCGGAGUUGA